GAGGAGACGGGUUCCCUUCCAUUCCGACGCGACAAGGGGCUGUGGUUCUCAGACGGAACGCUUGUACUCGUUGUCGAAGACAUCGCGUUCCGUGUGUACAAGGGUAUCCUCACGCAGCAUUCGUCCGUUCUCCAAACCCUACUAUCCCACCCUACAUCUCUUGCCACGGAAGGAGUCGCCGUCGAGAGAACGCGAGUUGACGAUACACAAGACUGGAGAUAUUUGCUGAGGAUCCUUGUC